CGUUGGUUACAAUGUUACGGGUUUCAGUGACCUGGUUUUGGUUCAUUAAAACUACCUUCAACUACUAAUGACUCGACAUCAUUAUGUCACCGGCGAGGUCGUUACAGUACUCACGCUUAGUUUUGUACUCGGGCGUAACGCUUGGGGGUGGGGCAUUGGAGGAAGGCGGGAUGAUUUGAAUGUGCUGUAAUUCUCAAAUGCAACAAAGGUCAGAGUCCCUUUAAGAGUAACUUAAGCUACAGUUGUGCGUCUUCUCCAUAUUGUCCGCCAUCGUACUGCUGCGAGUGCGAAAUGCAUCCUGGGAUUUAUAGCGGUUGCAAGUACACACGAGCCACCUCCGAUGCAUGCUCGGUGAAACUGCGAGAUCGAGCACGCAUCAAGAACACUUCCGACAGUAGUUUUACGACAGUACUCGCUUGAUGCGUGCUUCGAAUUGGAACAGUGCUCGGGCAACGACUGAUGACGUUUCACGAGUCCACGAGUAUGGCAAGCCAUCCCCGCCAGAAAGCGGCAUCAUUUAGACGCGAAUCACCUUCAUUACGCCGUAAAAUACGCCGUAAAAUGUAGAAAAACUGCGUAUUUUACGCCGUCAUGCGCAAAAAAGCGCCGCUUUUUACGCCGCAAUUAAGCCUUUCAAGAGUGCGCGUAAAAUACGCGCGUUUUGAACAUCAAAACGUGCGUAAAAUACGGCGUUCCUCUAGUAUGCUAAUAAUCUCCGCCCUUCUUUUCUCUCAGCCAAUGCAUUUGAAGUGUUUGCGCCCAAUCGCUGACCAAGACAAGCAGACCAAAUCAGUUCAGCACAGAUCUGCUUUGAGAAUUUCUCCUCUCAUUUGGCGUUAGUUGUAGCGUCAUUUAGAUAUAUAUAUUAGUAAAUGCAAUUGCAAUUGUGUGGUUCCCGUGGCCCAUUUGAUAGAGACGCUUGACCUGUAGGCAGGAGGUUGUCGGAUCGAAUCCAUUUAUUACCAUAUUUCUGCUUUUGUCAGAUGUUCACGCUUUUAUGAUCGCAAUGCUUUUUCGUCGGCAAGCCAGACCUGCUCUGUUAUAAGUUCCAAAGACAGUGCCUUUUUAGUCAGCCAGCCAGAUCAUCUUGGUGUCUUGUAACACGCUUUAUAAGUUAAUUAUAUUUAAAUUAUUAUAGCCAUCGAGCCUUUAUUUUCGUGGAGUUAUCGUUACAUCCUCUCGUUCAAUCGAUAUAAAUACACAGUGGAAAGGAGUGAGAGGGAGCUACAGUUAUAAAAGUGUCAAACAAGCUGUCCUCUAAAUCACCAUUUCCCUAGGCCUAUAUGUUUUCAUGCCGACAAAUGGUUGAAAUAAAGUAACUUUGUGACCCGGCGUAUAUUAGACUUGUUAAAUGCAGAAAUGCUUGCUGGCAGUGUCUAUUCAGUUUCAACACUCCAAUUCCAAAAUUAUGUUUUCAUGUCGUCAAAUGCUCGAAAUAAAGUCAGGUUGUGACUCGACAUCUACUUGACUUAUACACCUCGACGCAGGUCGAGGAAACUGUUGCUGGUUGGCGUGCCACUGCUUGGAUAGGGAAAAACCUACCUUUGCCAUACGACUACUAAAUUGCUGUUACAACUGACUCGUUAGCCCCUAACCCCUAAGAAGUUAGAAAGCAUUUAUACUAAGAUUUAAUUAUUAACUAUAGUGAUAUGUCAAUUAAAUAUGAUUUGUGUUAAAACUCGGUACAUUAAUGAAGUGAAAUAGCACCAUAGACCACCAUCUAGAGUUCUAAAUUAAAGCACAUUACUUUAACUUCUGCCACAUUGCACUCUCUCCCUACAAGCUUUAAACUUGGUGUGACUCAUUCCCAUAGCAACCCAGUCUCACCAAUAUGCGUACAGAUCGCACGGUUUGACACUUUCAAAAUGCGUGCAGUACAUACGCCAAAUGACCAUUUCGCGUGCAUAUGAUACGCAAAACCCAGCAUUAACUACUGUGGAGGGCGGAUACGUCCAUUUCGCGUGCAUAUGAUACGCAAAACCCAGCAUUAACUGAAUGGGAAAUGCAAUAUUUUAGGACAGAUUCACCAUUAAACGUGUUUCUAACAGUGGUGUAUAAAGUACUCAAAAGCCAUACUUAAGUAAAAGUACAGAUACCUUACUGGAAAAUUACUUAAGUAAAAGUCACCUUUUAGAAUAGUACUUAAAGGGCAUGGUGCAGGUUUCUAUUUUCUUCUAUUCUGGCAAUUUUCUAGUUGGUAAUAAACAUUUAAACAAUUAUCCAUUGUAUUUGAUGUUGUAGGGUAUCACAAAAUAUAAAUAUUAGGAAAAGUAGGUGAUAUAUUAGUGGUUAUUAGCCACAGGUUAGCGAUGAUUCUUAUUUCUCCCACAAUGCAUUGCAUGACGUCACAUAAGGUACUCCGCGCUUUUGGACGACAGCCGAAGCCGCUAGUGAGAGAGUGACAGUGUCAGAUUAUAUAAGUAAAUACAUAAAUAGAGAUAGCCUAGAUAUAGAUAGAUAGAUAUAUAGAUAGAUAGAUAGAUAGAUAGAUAGAUAGAUAGAAUAGCAUAACAUCGAUAGAUAGUGAGGGAUAGCAUAACAUCGAUAGAUAGUGAGGGAUAGCAUAGCAUAACAUAACAUAGAUAGAUAGUGAGGGAUAGCAUAGCAUAGCAUAACAUAGAUAGCUGAUAGAUAGAGAGAGAGUAGAUAUAUAAGUAGAUAACAUGGUUUUCUACUGUUUUUGUGGCGGGUGCAACAACUCCAGCAAAAGUGGACAUAGGGUACAUUGCUUCCCCAAGGACAAAGGGAUUCUCCGAAGCUGGGUGCAAUUUGUCAAGUUUAGGCGGGCAGAUUUUUCAGCUAGCUCUGUUACCGCGAAUUACCAGAAUAUGCAGCGCGCAUUUCAAGGAGGAGGAUUACCACUCAGGGGAUGCCAAGAUGGUCUCACUUGGUUUAAGGAGUAAGAGGAGGGCGAAGUUAAUUCCUACCGCCGUGCCGUCUGUGCAUGCAAACCACUCUGCCUGCCCUGUCCCGAGGUCGAGAGACACCGUCUGCCGCAAGCGAGAGAUUGCCACGAUAAGCAUCAUGCUAUAGCUGCUAAUUACAAGCUGCGCGUUAGCUAGCUCUGUGUAUUUUGCAUACCGUGUUCCCUUUGACACAGCCUCCUCUACAAGCAUGAUCAGUCUGACAUUAGAAUAGCAUAUUUCUUGAUUCACGAAUAUGAGCCAAAACAAAAUUGCCCUGAAGUAAAUGUCCAUAUCGUCAUGAAAGCUUCAUGGCUAGUGUUUUGAUCAGUGAUCGUCAUCAUCAAGCGGCUUUCACAACAGUGUGUUUGCGUUUUGUGUUAGUGCUAGACUGCUACGGUUCUCUUUCACAUAUACUGUAUUUGACCGUGACCGUGUCGUCAGGGCUGUAGUGGACGCUAAACGCAAGUAAACGCAGUUUACCCACCUCUGAAAUUUGAGAAACAGAGUUUAUCCACUUCUCACUUCAGAGUUUAGCUACCUCCCAAUACAGUAAAUGUACUACCAUUGGUUGCGAAUCACUGAUCUAAGUAUUCAUAGUUUACCUACCUCUUAUUUCACCACUACACCCUUGCAUUUCUUUUUUAUAUACUUAUAUAUACUAUACUUUAUACUAAUAUACUUUUUUAUAUUUGUUUUCGCAAGAUGUUGACAGACGCCUCACAGCAGGAGACCGUGCACAGUGUAGACACUGUGGAGAGUGUCGAUACUGGGGAUCAGCCCUUGCCCUCCUCCACUUCUGACGCUGGGACACAAUGUUAUUUGAAGCCCCCCCGAUGGUCUCACGCUGUGCAGGUUAACCUGAAGCCCAAGAUGGUUAGCGUGGGCACACAGACUUCAAUCAGCCCACAAACCUCCACUCCCCUCGCUAGUCCUGAACAGACAGUUGACGACGAUGAUGAUGAUAAUGCCACUGUCAUCAGUGACUUGUCGUGGGUGCCCGAAGAGCCGAUGGAUGAGGAGGAAUUGUUUGAUGAGGAGCCACCUUACACGUGUGACCCCCACCACAAUUGCAUUGACAAAUUCAUUGUUUGCCAAGAGGAGCUGAUGGGCCUUUUUGCCAUCUGUCCGGCCUGUUGUGAGAGGUCGGAUAGGAGCAUCGUGCAGCAGGAAGGAACUUUUGUUAAGAUCAAGCAGGUCUGUGCAUCAUGUGGCUACCACCGUUUCUGGCAAAACCAGCCAAUGCUCCACAGGAACAUGCCAACCUGCAACCUCCUGUUAAGUGGGGCCAUUCAUUUUACUGGAUGUUUGGCCACACAGACACUAAGAAUGUUGACCCUGUUUGGCCUGCAGUGCAUCAGUGCGAGCAGUUUCUUUCGCCAUCAGCGCCGCUACACCAUCCCAGUAAUCGUUCAGGCCUGGCAGAAUGAUCAAGCCAAGAAUUUUAGUGACCUACGGGCAAUGGAUGGCGGAAGUUCUUGCUGGUGACUGCAGGUCAGAUUAUCCUGGGCACUGCGCAAAGUAUGGGUCAUACUCUCUGAUAGAGGACAGAGUGAACAAGGUGGUGGAUGUUCAGCUUGUUCAGGUAAACCUGAUGUUAUUAGACAAAGAAAUGAACUCUGCAAUUUGGUAAAAGGAUUGUAUCUUAAUAUAACAUCUUUCCACUAGUACAACCAUGCAUAGAGCUUUAUUGUGUAUUGCCUAACUAGAGUAGUGUAUCAUAAUGCCUGGACCAGCAAAGCUUCGGUUCAUUAACGCCUCCUUCAACACCACCAGCAUUCUACACUUACACUGUUAUGU